AUGGCGUCGUCGCUCGCGCGCGCGCCGUCGCGUCCGUCGCUCGCGCGCGCGGCCUCGCGCGCCACCGCCGGACCGCGCGCCGCGGUCCCGCGCGCGCCGGCGUCCCCGUCCCCGUCCCCGUCCCCGUCCCCGUCCCCGUCGGCACCGCGAAGAAGCGUCCGCGUCGGAGCCACCGACGCGGGCGCGACCGACGACGCGACGGGCGAGGCGUGGGUUCCCGCGCGUCGCGAAGCGCUCGCGAGCGACGUCGUGCGCGCGAUGUUCGAACGCGACGCCGCGCUCGAGCCGCGCCUGCGUCGGAUACCGCUCCCGCCCUCGCGCGUCCCGAGGUCGUUGACGCGGAUGUUGAUGACAAACGCGGCGUCGGGAGAGGGCGGGCGCGCGUCAUCGUCGGGGUCCGGCAGCGGCAACCCCUUCCGCGACGCGACGCACCCGCGACGGCUGCGCGUGCCCGACUACGAGAACGCGCUCGCGGACGGGUGCGAGCUCACGCCGACGCCGCGCGCGGACGGCGCGCGACGGAUGCGCUGCGGCGCCGCGAACGCGUACGUCGCCGAGCUGUUCCGACGCGCCGCGCGCUGUUCCGACGACGACGGCGACGGCGACGGCGCCGCCGCCGCGCGACUGUCGCGAUACGACCUGUUUCACGCGCACGUGUUCGUUCGCGCGAGCGGCGGGCGCGGAGGCGUCGUCGGCCUCCUCAUGCACGCGCUCGAGUACCCGCGGUACGACGACGCGGACUUCCCGUUCGCUCUGGGGAACUGUCAGCGCGGUUCGGACGUCGCGUUCGCGCCCGCGGCGGCGGCCGGGAGAAAUAUAUUAUGGACCGCGGACGCGGCGGGGCGGUGCGCGUUCGCGCGUCUCGACACGAGCGAGACGUCGCCGCUGCGCGGGCUCCUCACCGUGCCCGCGCUGCACACGACGUACGAGGGCGAUUUCGGGGACGCGGUCCUCGGGGAUCUGCUGUACUUCAACGGGGUCGCGGACGGUCGGAAGCCGAAGCAUUCGGUGUUCGCUUUCCCGCGGUGA